AUGUUUCUACAGCAGCUGUGAGGGUGACAGCAGAACAAAGGGGUUCCAUUAGGACCCUGUCCCCCGUUACUGUUAGAUCGUCCCCUACUGGUAGGGGAACCCUGUCCCCACUGUUGAUCCUUCCCUACUGUUAGGAUCCUGUCCCCUACUGUUAGGACCUGUCCCCUACUGUAGUGAUCCUGUCCCAACUUUAGGAUGCCUUCCACUACUGUGUAUGACCCUGUCCCUACUGUUAGGAUCCUGUCCCCACUUUAGUGACCCUGUCCCCCCUACGUUAGGAUCCUGUCCCCUACUGUGUAGGACCCUGUCCCCGUACUGUUAGGAUCCUGUCCCCUACUGUUUAGGCCACUGUCCCGCCCUACUGUUAGGAUCCUGUCCCCUACUGUUGAGGAAUCCUGUUCCCCCUCUGUUGGAUCCUGUCCCCUACUGUUGGUCCUUUCCCCUACUGUUGGACCUGGUCCCCUACUGGUAGGAUCCUGUCCCCUACUGUUUAGAUCCUUCCCCUACUGUUAGGAAAAACCCUGUCCCCUACUGUUAGGAAUUCCUGCCCCUAACUUUUAGACCCUGUCCUCCCCCGCCCCUGAACUGUUACAGGAUCCUGGGUCCACUUAACUGUUAGGACCUGUCCCCUACUGUUUUUAGGAUCCUGUCCCCCUACUGUUCGGAAUCCUGUCCCCCGACUGUAUGAUCCCUGUCCCCUCUGUUAGCACCAAUGUCCCCCAUACUGUAGGAUCCUGUCCCCAACUGUUAGGGGAAUCCUGUCCCCUACUGUUAGGACCCUGUCCCCUACUGUUAGGAUCCUGUCCCCUACUGUUAGGAUCCUGUCCCCUACUGUUAGCACCCUGUCCCCUACUGUUAGGACCCUGUCCCCUACUGUUAGGAUCCUGUCCACUACUGUUAGGAUCCUGUCCCCUACUGUUAGGAUCCUGUCCCCUACUGUUAGGAUCCUGUCCCCUACUGUUAGGAUCCUGUCCCCUACUGUUAGCACCAUGUCCCCUACUGUUAGGAUCCUGUCCACUACUGUUAGGAUCCUGUCCCUACUGUUAGGAUCCUGUCCCCUACUGUUAGGAUCAUGUCCACUACUGUUAGGAUCCUGUCCCCAACUGUUAGGAUCCUGUCCCUACUUACUCAGUCCCUACGUUGGAUCCUGUCCCCUACUGUUAGGAUCCUGUCCCCUACUGUUAGGAUCCUGUCCCCUACUGUUAGCACCCUGUCCCCUACUGUUAGGACCCUGUCCCCUACUGUUAGGAUCCUGUCCCCUCCUGUUAGCACCAUGUCCCCUACUGUUAGGAUCCUGUCCCCUACUGUUAGGAUCCUGUCCCCACUGUUAGCACCAUGUCCCCUACUGUUAGGAUCCUGUCCCCUACUGUUAGGAUCCUGUCCCCUACUGUUAGCACCCUGUCCCCUACUGUUAGGACCCUGUCCCCUACUGUUAGGAUCCUGUCCCCUACUGUUAUGAUCCUGUCCCCUACUGUUAGCACCAUGUCCCCUACUGUUAGGAUCCUGUCCCCAACUGUUAGGAUCCUGUCCCCUACUGUUAGGAUCCUGUCCACUACUGUUAGGAUCCUGUCCCCUACUGUUAGGACCCUGUCCACUACUGUUAGGAUCCUGUUCCCCUACUGUUAG